UGUUAACUAACACAAUAAACGUAAAAUGUGAAAAAAAUAUUUGAAACGAUUAGAAAAAAUCAUAAUGUAAGCCAAUUCCCGUAUAAAAAAUGAAAUGACGGCACGCCAAUCUUAUUUGUUAGUAAUCUCAUCAUGUAUAGAAAUUGUCUCCAAAAUUUCUUGAAGAACACUAAUCCUGCAAACGCUGACCGACACUACGAUAGUUCUGAUUUUGAAGACGGCGAUAUGGUAGCCUCAGUAGCCUCGAAGCGUGGAACCCACAGUUUUUUAAUCACUGAACCCACAUAUCCUGACCUUACACGUGAAGUUCAUGAUGCUGUUAAGCAUACAAGCUAUGAAGAAACAAGACAUAUGAGAUAUAAUAGAAACGCCGUUCAAGAAACUACUUGUCGCGACACCAGAGAGACACACAGACACACAAAACACAGAAAUAAAGAGAGUAAAAAUUAUACAUAUAAAAGCAAAGGCGAUGCCGUCAACAACAUUGUAAAUAAUACAAGCUCGAGAUGUUUAAUUCGCAAUAAAGUUUUGCCAGUUUUAUCAGUAAUAUUUAGACGCUCUUCUAAUAACAAAAAUAUAAAAGCCAAACGUUUGGAAAGCAUUGAUGAAGAUAGGCUUUUAGAUAAAGAUGCAAAUAACAGUGAUUAUUGUGUAAAUUGCAAGCGAAGAGAGAAUAAUAUAAAUAAUGAAAAUAGUCAAAUAAAACAGCGGAAUAAACAUCGUUAUAAUAAUGCUGUGAAACCAGUUUAUGCCGUUGCAGAUACUAGUCACAAUUUUCUAUUUUCAAGUCAAGCGAAUCGUAGUCCGUUAGUAAGAUAUAAUCGAAAUAACAAGUUUUUAAACUCAUCGAUUAAUAUAUCCUCGUCUUCAGGAUCCGACGUUGAUUUAAAGCAAAUGAAUACAAAAAGGCAUUUAAGAAAAAGAGAGAAUAAAGUAACAAAUCAAUACGAUACUUAUCAAUGUCAAAAUCAAUCACAACGAAUAGAGCACAAAGAGCUCCAGUUUCCUUCUAAGUAUAGGCCUUGUCAAGUUGUCGCAAAUGCAUCAUGUCAAUUUAGUUCGAACAAUAAUAGCGUUAAUAGUAAAACAUCAUCAUCGUCUAGUUUUUGGGAUUAUUUAGCAGUUAAGCUAAAUAGGAAGCGGCAGAAGGCACCCAUGGACGAUUGUUGUUGCACUGCUCAACAAUGUAACGCUGAAAAUUGUCUGAAUUUAAAUACUGUGAAAAUUCCACAAGAUCAUUUACCAACAGGAACUGCAAAUUACGAGCCAACUCCUGGAAACAUAAGUGGCAGACCUAGCCCCUUGAAGAAGAUAGCUCGUGGACUUGUUUCACCAAAAAAGAGAAGUAGUAGUGAAGCUGUUGAAUGUAAAUGUAAAUUACAUCAGGGUAAACAGUUCAAGCCUUCUUCACCACAAACUGAUCCAACAAUGCAACAGACAUCGGCACAACAGCCUAUUCCAAAUUGCCAACAAUCACAUGAUGCUAUUACAAACAAUUUGGCAGCUAAAUACAACGGUGAAAUACUUUGCAUACAUAAUCCACCAUGCGUGCUAAUUAAUGGAUGUCUUAAUUUGCCUCCACGGUGUGCUGAACCAUCAAAUUAUUGGCUUGUCAGUACACAUACUAACACCAACUUUUACGAUGAGAACCCCAAAGAAACCUCGCCAAAUAAAGAUAAAGAACCUGAUCUAUACUCACCUCCAUACUCCAAUAUUCAGGAAUGCCUACCUGAGUUUAGAUCUGAGAAGAUUGUGCAGAGUGUCUGUAAUCAUAUUCCGCCGUGUGAAGUUGUACGUGGUUGUUUUAAGGCAAAGUAUGAUCCUAAGCUUAAGGAUUCCUGUGUGCAUGUACCAAUGUGUGAAAAACUACCUCAAUGUGUGACAGCUGACGGGUUAAUUGCGAAGAAUAAGUUGUGUAGUCACAACCCCAAAUGCUUCGAACUGCCUUUGUGUUCUCAGAAAUUUUUAACGUUAACAGCGAAGGAAGACAUAAGUACCCAGGUUCAGCCUAAAACUAAAUUUUUGUGCCGUCAUAAACCACCGUGUAUUAUGAUACCAAAGUGCUUAGCUCGUGCUCUGUGCGGCGACUACAUCCCACGGGAAGCCAUCCCCGAUUGCGUCCAUUGCCCGACUUGUGAACUGAUUCCGGCGUGUUGCAGGAAAGCUGCUAAAGAAUUAAUGUGUCUCUCCACAUUAAUGGAUGAAGGGAUAUCUCUGAAGAUGCCUCAGUUACCUUUACAUCACAAGAAGCUUCUAUUAAAGCUACUUCAGGCGAAAUGAUGAGCGCGUCCGGAAAGGAUUCAAUAGAAGCCUUAUGUCCACUU